AUGGAAGUGGUGGAGGCAGUGACCUUUGAGGCUCUCGAGCGGGUCGUGGGGGCGUGGAUUCUCGAGGCAGAAGGGAGAAGGGAAAAUGGCCCCCCUCGGGUGGCAGAUGGGACUGGUCGGGGCCGUGGUCGUAACCGCGGGCGGGGCCGGGGCGCUCAGCGACCUGGAGCCCGUGCUCGUGGGCAUGGCCUUGGCCCUGGUCGGGACCAGGCAGCCCGGGGUGGGUUCGAUCCAAUCGAAGCUGCCGCCAUCCAGAGGCUGUUCCGUCGCAACAAGAAAAAGGCGAUCAAUCAGAUUCUGAUUGAAGGUGACAGUCGAUUCUGUACCGUGGAUGACGCAGUGGUGGAGGACCAUUUCAGAAGGGUUUUCUCGGCUGGUGACUUUCGAGUCGGGCCAACUCCCCAGGUUGUUCGUGACACCAUGACUCCUCACGAGCCAUGUGACGAAGACCAGGACCUGAGGGCUGACCCGGGUGGUGUGGUGUUGGCGGCCAUCUUCAGCCGAUGCCUUGAAGAGAGCCGGACUCCGGCAGAGUGGAAGAACUCCAACACUGUGCUCAUCCACAAAAAAGACAACCCCAUGGACCUCGACAACUGGAGACCAUUGACCCUAGCUUCCUGCAUUUCGAAGCUGUACACAGGGCUCCUGGCCUCCAGAAUUGGCAAGUGGGCCAGGAAUGGCAGGAUCUCCUGGCCCCAGAAAGGUUUUAUGGAGCACGAGGGGUGCUAUGAGCACAACUUCGUGGUCCGAUCAGCCAUCGAUGACGCCAGAAGGGGAGGGAAAAGAGUCGUGCUUGCAUGGCUUGACCUCUCCAAUGCCUUUGGGUCUGUGCCGCACAGCUACCUCUUGCAUGCGCUUCAGAUGCAUAGGAUGCCCCAGAAAUUGAUUGACGUGGUGAGUGAGCUUUACCACGGGGCAACCAGGAGAGUCCGCACGUCACAAGGCUUUACCGGUCCUAUACCAAUGGCGGCAGGGGUGAAACAGGGCGAUCCGCUCAGCCCUAUUCUUUUCAACCUUGCCAUUGAGCCAGUGGUCAGUGCAGUACAUAGUGCUGCUGAGUCGGACGGGUAUCGUCUUGGUGGACGCCACUUCUCUGUCGUGGCCUACGCGGAUGAUCUGGCACUGAUUGCGUCGGGCGAGGAGCAGAUGCGCAGGCUCCUGAGGACGGCGGAGGAUGUCGCUGCCUGGGCUGGCCUAAGGUUUAACCCCAGGAAGUGCGCAAGCCUCGAGGUGGAUUGCCGCAACCGCAGGCGAGUCCUGGCGACCGAGUACGAGAUCGGCGGUGCUCCUAUGGUGUGUCUGAAAGAGGGCGAGGAGUACCGUCAUCUUGGGGUGCCAACAGGCUUCAAAGUAGACCAGACACCAGAACGUGACAUUGCCAGAAUGGCCGAAGAUGUAAAGAAGAUUGAUGAGAGUCUUCUGGCACCUUGGCAGAAGUUGGAAGCCGUGGGGAUGUUUAUACUCCCUCGGCUAGACUUCGUCAUGAGAGGAGCCAGGGUAGCCAAGACCCCACUGAAGAAACUUGACAAUGAUGUAAAGAGAAUGGUGAAGAAGUGGCUCUACCUUCCACAGCGAGCCAGUUCUGAGGUGGUCUAUCUGGGUGUGGCAGAUGGAGGGGCCGGAAUGUUCCCUCUGGCAGACCUAGUUGACAUAUCCUCCGUGGCCCAUGCCUUCCGCAUGGUCACGUGUACUGACCCUGUGGUGAAAGACCUGGCUAGAGCUACUCUUUCGCAUGUCGCCAGGAAACGCCUUGGGUGUCCCGUUUCCCUUGACGAGGUUUCCGACUACUUGUCCGGUAGGUUGGACGGUGACUUUGCCAGGGAUGGAGGUGACAUCGGUUCUCUGUGGACUGAUUCGAGGAAUGCCGCCGGUAGGCUCCAAAAGAAAAUCGGAGUCUACUGGAAGUUCGACCAUGACGGGGAGGAGUUCCAAAUUCGAAUUCCCUCGCCUGACGGCACUUCCGGUCCAGUCAUUGUCCCAGAAGACGCAAGGGGCCAUCUCUUUUCAAGAUUGAAGACUGCCAUGAGGCUCAAGUUGAAGAAGACACUCACUAGGAAGCCUGAUCAGGGGAAGGUUUUCGACGUGGCUUGCCGAUGCCGUGAUUCAAAUCAUUUCAUCCAGGCCGGCAAGUUGGGAAGGUGUGAAGAUCCUGUAGAUGAGAGAGAUGGCAGCAUAGGGGAGUUAGGGCCUCACUGCUGGGGGAAGAAGGCGCCUUCUGUAGGGGACGAUGAGAGGAUGUCGGUCGUAUGUAGAGAUGAUGAUGUGCAGAGUUGA